CUGGAAGCCAAUUCCCCACCACCCGCAAACCCGCUGGCCCUAAAUCCCUUCUCUCUCUCUCUCUCUCUCUCUCUCGCUUUCUCUUCUCUCAGUUUUAUUUUUGCUUUUGAAAAAAAGCUAAAAGAAACACCAAGGAAGAAUCACAAACCCUAGAAAUUACGCAGAAAAAGAGGGUUUUCCCAUCCAAAAUGACGCAAUAGCCCUCCCCUCUGCUUUGAAUUGCACACCUUUUGAGUUUGUUCGGGUUAUUUCUCUCGCUGGUUAAGCGCAUUGAUUGCUAACCCUUCGCUCUGACUGAAUUGUCAUCAUGGUCGCCACUGCUGCUACUUCGUCGAUCUUUCCAAUUCCUUCUCCGAACCAAGACUCUGGUGCCAAAAAUGCCAAGCUUGGACCUGGGUCUGCUGGUUUAGGACUCAAAUCGAAAUCUGCAUCGGGCAGUUUGCAGGUAAAGGCAAAUGCUCAAGCCCCUUCAAAGAUAAAUGGCACUAGCGUUGGUUUGGCAACUGUUGAAAGUGGGAAGAAUGGGGAUGACAUGUCAUCCCCUCCUGCACGGACUUUCAUUAACCAAUUACCUGAUUGGAGUGUGCUCCUUGCUGCUAUUACCACAAUCUUCUUGGCUGCAGAGAAGCAAUGGACGAUGCUUGAUUGGAAACCCAAGCGGCCUGACAUGCUUAUUGACCCAUUUGGUUUAGGAAGAAUUGUUCAGGAUGGUCUUGUCUUCCGCCAAAACUUCUCAAUUAGAUCAUAUGAAAUAGGUGCUGAUCGUACGGCUUCAAUAGAGACGUUAAUGAAUCAUUUACAGGAAACAGCACUUAAUCAUGUUAAGACUGCUGGGCUUUUGGGAGAUGGCUUUGGUUCAACACCAGAGAUGUCAGUAAGGAACCUGAUAUGGGUGGUAACUAAAAUGCAGGUUGUAGUAGACCGCUAUCCUACUUGGGGUGACGUUGUUCAAGUUGACACUUGGGUUAGUGCCUCUGGGAAGAAUGGUAUGCGUCGUGAUUGGAUCCUCCAGGAUUGCAAAACUGGCCAAAUUUUAACAAGAGCCACUAGUGUGUGGGUGAUGAUGAAUAAGCUGACGAGGAGAUUAUCCAAAAUUCCUGAUGAAGUUCGAGGUGAAAUAGAGCCUUUUUUUAUGAAUUCUCCUCCUGUUGUGGAGGAGGACAGCAGGAAACUGCUGAAACUUGACGACAAGACAGCGGACUUUGUUCGCACUGGUUUAACUCCUAGGUGGGGUGAUUUAGAUAUCAACCAGCAUGUUAAUAAUGUGAAGUACAUUGGCUGGAUCCUUGAGAGUGCUCCCUUGCCAAUCUUGGAGAGUCACGAGCUUUCUUCUCUGACUCUGGAGUAUAGAAGGGAGUGCGGGCGGGACAGUGUGCUUCAGUCCCUGACUGCAGUCUCAGGUGCUGAUAUUGGCAAUUUGGGAAGCAAUGGUGGCGUUGAGUGCCAGCACUUGCUCCGACUUGAGGAAGGAGCUGAGAUUGUAAGGGGAAGGACUGAGUGGAGGCCCAAAUAUGCCAACAAUCUUGGGAUUGUGGGUCAGCUUCCGGCAGAAAGCGCUUAGCAAAAUAUUUGGGUUCUUUUAAGGCUGGAUGGAUCGUCACUAGUCACCUCGCCGUGUGCCCAUUGCUUCUGUAGAAUCCUGCUCGUGUUUCUCGGAUUUAUAUAUGUUUCUUCUUUCUAUAUAUAUAAUUUAUAUAUAUUCUCUCUCCCAUCUGUGUCAUCAUUCGAAAAAGAUAAAAUGUAGUCCCGUUGUAAUUAGCCGUUGUGUUCUCUCUCUCUCUCUUGGAACCUUAGCUGUAGCUGUACCUCCAGGUUAAUUGCCUUGGUUAAACUGGGCAAGACAAGACGUGUAUAUUUUUUUUUGGCCAUUUUUUCUGGUUAGAUGUGGGAAAUUUUUUUCAUUGGUUUGGUUCACAUUUGGAUCGUUUAAUACGGCUGAAACGUUAAUGAAUAAUGACAUCGGCUUGCACUGUUUUCUCUA